CAACAACCAAUUCAACAUGCCAUCGACGCCGCGGUUCACGGUCACGCAGGAUGACAAGAUGGUGUACGUGGAGAUUCAUGUGCCGUAUGUGCGGGUGACAGAAAUGGAGUACCACAUUGACGGCACCAGCUUCACCUUCUGGUGCAAGCCAUACCUGCUCAACCUAACGUUCCCAGGAGGCGUAGUCGACGACGACCGCGCCAAGGCUGUGUACGACAUCAACAAGGAACACGGAACAAUCAUGGUGCAUCUUCCUAAAGAGACGCCGAAUGUCCAUUUCCCCGACCUCGAUCUCCUUACCACCCUCCUCCAACAGAAGAAAUGGCGGCCUCAGGACGAAGGCCUUCCCGACAGUCUACCUGCGCCGCUCAUCGAAGUCGUCGGCGGCUCCUCGUCGGUAGAGGCGAGUGCGUCGCCGCCGCCACCACCAGCCCCGUCAUCGUUAUCGUCAACCACAGACUCGAGUUUGCUUUCAUUUGAAACACCAAAGGAACAUGUGUCGCUGCAUGUGGGUCCGCCAACCUACGGCUUCAACAACCGCUUCUCCGACUUCUUCAAGUGCUGGCAUGGCGAACUGCAUGAAGUGCUGUCAUUGCCGACACCAGAGACGUCCACCCCCGCCGAGCGAACCAAGAUGCGCCUCGAACUGGAAGACCACGAUUUUGAUGUCGAGCGAUAUCUUUUGGACUUUGCCAACCAAGGCGAGGACGACCACUUUAAAGCCGCAAUGUCGUACACACCAUUUUGGGCCGCGCUGCCAGUGUGGACACCGCCGCCGCCCAAGGUGUUGAUUGCACAUGUCACAGAUAGCCUCGCAAACGUGACGUUACACGCUUCCAGCAUCGAGUUGACGGACAAGGAGAAGGAAGCUCUGUUGCGGUUGCCCCGACGGGAAUACCUGGCAUUUACCGCUGCCGAAGCCGCGGUCGUGUGGCACGGACUGCUUGACAUUCUGGCCGCGUACAGCUACGACCUGCGAACGAGCGAGGGCGACCCGACGGUAGAGUCAGCGUGGACGAUUUCGAUCUUGAGCUCGACGUUGUCGUGGUUGGAUCCGGCGACGACAACCGUGGCCGACGUCGUGCGGAAUACCAUGCGGCGGACGUUGGUGUAUCCGUUUCUACGGCAGUGGGACCUUGGAGUUGUGGUAGUGAACGACGUUGUGGCCAUGCUUCGUCGGGGCAAGCGCGUCGUGCUGCGCGCGCUCCUGGCCAUCCAUUCCAUCUUUGAAACGUCCGAGACGUAUUACCUCUUGAAUACGUUGUUUAUCAACGACUACGCGACGUGGAUUCAAUCGACGGCCGACGCGCACUUGAACGAGUAUGCCAACCAGCUCGACGCGGCACUGGCGGCGUUUCACAAGCAGCAGUCUGGUUGGGGCUUGGUCGAGAUCGAAGCUGCGUUGCUGGAAGAAGAUGAACCUUCCAGUGACGAAGAAUUGAGUGGCGAAGACUCGAGUGGCGAAGAAGACUCGGACGAUAACGAAACGAUGGCACAAUAACCGAAACGGUUUCGAAACCGAUGCCCUUUCCCUGGCAGUUACAAUUGCCUGCACAAAGGGAAUAAUAGAUGGGCGCGACUUUAUUCUGGCGGCAUUUGUGUUAACAACGCCAGAGAAUAAUGAAAUCGUAUCACGUGCCCCCAUUUGUGACAGG